AUGGCUCCCACAAACAUCUCCCAUAGGCAGACCCAUAAUCUGCUGUUGAUCUCGAAGCUGCUUAGCCUGCGAGACACAGCCUCGCCGCUUACACUGGUCUUGGAUUCCCUGGAGCAGCCGGCCACCCCGCUCAUUAAGGAAUACAUCAGACGCGCGAAGCUUUCCAAGGCUCACGUUACGCUUAUUGCCUUCGAGACACUCAAACCGCUCGAGGGCGUCGAUGCCUUUGUCGCUGCCCGGCGGAAGACCCCUCUGGAGAUCCUGAAGGCAGUUGGUGCUGCCUACCAGAAUGUCCCUUCUAACGGUCCCUCUCGCAGGAGACUUAUCUUCAUUGAUGCCGUCAACCCGCUACUACAUUCGAAGAAAAACGAUCCACACUUCCAUCUCUCAACAUUUCUGAGCACCUUUCUAAUCCCGUCGAGUCCCUCUGCUCCCAAGGUCGACGUAUCGCUGGUGGUAAACUUCCACCAAGAUGUUCCGAACCCGCCAGCGCAGUCGCCCUAUGCGCCUUCACCCCUCUCCAUGCUGACAUACCUAGCAACCACGAUCAUCAAACUUCAUUCCUUUUCACACAUACUCGCCCAGAAGGCCGCGCGAGACCGGAGUUUGGCGGCGCCUGUAUUUGGUCUGGAAGAGGAACAGGAUGGCGUGCUCCUCGGCAGAUUGGAUAAACCGUCCGGCAAUGAAUCGGCAGAAGGGAUCGUACUGGAGCUGGAACACCGAAGGAAAAGUGGCCGUGGCGUUUUGGAAUGGUAUUUCCUUCCUCCGGCUUCGCGCUACCCUCCCCAAUACGUGAAAGAGAUCGUGACAUUGCUGGACGACCACCCGUUGUACCGGCCACCACAGGAGCCAGACGCGGGUGCGGGUGAAGACGAACCCGAGUCGACCUUUGAAUUGCGCCUUACGGACAGGCAGAGGAGGGACCGAGAGGGGGUGGUACUGCCGUAUUUCGAUGCGCAGCAAGGUGAUGGCCCUGGCGAGGGAGGUCGUAUCUUGUACGACAUGGGAGAGGAAGACGAUUUCGACGAAGAAGAAGAUGAAAUCUAG